AUGGAAUAUACAUAUCAAUAUUCAUGGAUCAUACCUUUCAUUCCAGUUAUAAUUCCUAUGUUAAUAGGAGUGGGACUUCUCCUUUUCCCGAAGGCAACAAAAAAUCUUCGCCGCAUGUGGGCUUUUCCUAGUGUUUUAUUGUUAAGUAUAGUUAUGAUUUUUUCAGCCAAUCCGCCUAUUCAGCAAAUAAAUAACAGUUAUAUCUAUCAAUAUGUAUGGUCUUGGACCAUCAAUAAUGACUUUUCUUUAGAGUUCACCUACUUGAUCGAUCCACUUACUUCUAUUAUGUCAAUCUUAAUUACUACUGUUGGAAUUAUGGUUCUUAUUUAUAGUGACAAUUAUAUGUCUCAUGAUCAAGGAUAUUUGAGAUUUUUUGCUUAUAUGAGUUUUUUCAAUACUUCAAUGCUGGGAUUAGUGACUAGUUCUAAUUUGAUACAAAUUUAUAUUUUUUGGGAAUUAGUUGGAGUCUGUUCUUAUCUAUUAAUAGGUUUUUGGUUCACACGACCGAUUGCAGCGAAUGCUUGUCAAAAAGCGUUUGUAACUAAUCGUGUAGGGGAUUUUGGUUUAUUAUUAGGAAUUUUAGGUCUUUAUUGGAUAACAGGCAGUUUCGAAUUUCAGGAUUUGUUUGAGAUAUUCAAUAACUUGAUUUAUAAUAAUGAAGUUAAUUUUUUAUUUGUUACUUUGUGUGCCCUCCUAUUAUUUUCUGGUGCAAUUGCUAAAUCCGCUCAAUUUCCCCUUCAGGUAUGGUUACCUGAUGCUAUGGAAGGACCUACUCCUAUUUCAGCUCUUAUACAUGCUGCUACUAUGGUAGCCGCAGGAAUUUUUCUUGUAGCUCGGCUUCUUCCUCUUUUCAUAGUUAUACCUUACAUAAUGAAUAUAAUAGCUUUGAUAGGUAUAAUAACAUUACUAUUAGGAGCUACUUUAGCUCUUGCUCAAAAAGAUAUUAAGAGAAGUUUGGCCUAUUCUACAAUGUCUCAAUUGGGUUAUAUGAUGUUAGCUCUCGGUAUUGGGUCUUAUCGAGCUGCUUUAUUUCAUUUGAUUACUCAUGCUUAUUCGAAAGCAUUGUUGUUUUUAGGGUCCGGAUCAAUCAUUCAUUCAAUGGAAGCGAUUGUUGGGUAUUCUCCAGAUAAAAGUCAGAAUAUGGUUCUUAUGGGUGGUUUAACAAAACAUGUGCCGAUUACAAAAACUGCUUUUUUUUUAGGUAUACUUUCCCUUUGUGGUAUUCCACCUCUUGCCUGUUUUUGGUCUAAAGAUGAAAUUCUUAAUGAUAGUUGGUUGUAUUCACCGAUUUUUGCAAUAAUAGCUUUUUUCACAGCAGGAUUAACUGCAUUUUAUAUGUUUCGGAUCUAUUUACUUACUUUUGAAGGAUAUUUAAAUGUUCAUUUUCAAAAUUACAGCGGCAAAACAAAUAACUCGUUUUAUUCAAUAUCUCUAUGGGGUAAAGAUAUAGAAGGGAAAAAAAGAAUUCAAAAAAGAUUUCGUUUAUUAUCUUUAUUAACAAUGAAUAAUAAUAAUGAAAGGAUUUCUUUUUUGUUGAAGAAGACGUAUCCAAUUGAUAUUAAUGUAAGAAAGAUGAGGCGGCCCUUUAUUACUAUUACGCAUUUUGGUAUUAAGAACACUUUUUUGUAUCCCCAUGAAUCGGAUACUACUAUGCUAUUUCCUAUGCUUGUAUUAGGCAUAUUUACUUUGUUCGUUGGGGCCAUAGGAAUUCCUUUCAAUCAACAAGGAAUGGAUUUGGACAUAUUAUCCAAAUUGUCUCUAUGUAAUGUUUUACAGAAGUUUUUAUGA